AUGUUGUCAGAUAAAAAUAAAGUUACUGAAGUUCACAAAUUAAUGAAUGUAUUAAGGCAAAGAGGUUGCGUUGAUACUCUUGAACAUGUGGAAACUAAGACAAACCUAGUAAAUAUGGUUAAUGAUUCUUAUGAACAAGGAAUUUUUCUGGAUUCUAUACCAUUUGAAUAUUUCAAAAGAUAUAAUAGAGCUUUAACUUAUUCCGAAAAAUUGCAUGUAGAAGAUAUUGAGGAACACAUGCCAGAUGUAUUUUAUAUAACAAAAAUUGGACCAGGAUCAAUAGUUCUCAAGAUUCAACCUCAUGUGCGAUGUAUGUUGGGGACAGAUGAACGUAAUAAUCAAAAGAACAAAGAACAAUAUACACGUUGUUCUUCUCAUUCCUCUUCAUUAAAUGAUCAAGUAAAAGAAUUUUAUCGUCAACUUAAUGAAAAUAGUCAAGAAAAUUAUCGUUCUAGAAAUCAUGAUAAAUGGGAAGAUAAAAAAAAUUCAAGGAACGACGAUGAUUAUAAAAAAAAUUCAAGGAACGACGAUGAUUUGAAAAAGAAUACAAAAGGUCCACCAUGGACGAAUCCUUAUGGCAGUUUGCCACCAUAUUUUCAGAACGAGAAACAUCAAGAUGAAAGGUAUCAAAAUGAUCAUAGGAAGAGAGAAAGAAGUUAUGAUAAAUAUUCACCUGAACGACCAUUAAGAAAUUCUUACAGGGAUUUAUCACCCAGUGAAUGUUAUUUGCAGCAUGAGUAUGAUAGUAGUUAUGACCAAAAUUAUGAAUCCACUAUUAACAGAGACAAAAUGGAAAAAACGACAAAACUUGUAAAAACGGCAGAUUAUGUGAAGAAAAAUGACUCGGAAAAGAUUAAUGAUAGAUCACGAGAAAGUGGAUUUGAAAAAUACCGUGAAUUGGUGAAGAAUUUUCAUGGAGUACCAUUUUUUAUUUUACGAGAAGAUGCUCCUAAUCUUUCUGAAAUUCAAAGGGUUGCUUUAGAAUUACUCUUUUUGUGA